AUGGAACAGGUUCUGGAGAAUUUCUCUCAGUAGAAACGAAUCAGUCUUUCCCAGCUACAGGAUGAUGCUGCACAUAUUUUCAUAAAAAAUUCACUUAUAAUUGUACUUGGUAUAGACUAUGUUGCAGGAAUAUGUCAUCCUCCUAUUGAUUGUGGCGUUAAUAAUUUCCAAGGAGACCCCUGGUCUCUUUUUGCCAUCACAGUGGUCCGUGAGUUAGGUCAUACUUUGGGUAUGCAACACGAUGAAGAAGUCUGUGUGGACAAGGGUUGCAUCAUGAAUGCUGUCAGAGCGCCUGCGGAGAGAUUCACCAAUUGUAGUUAUGCAGAUUUUACAAAGACCACUUUAAACCAGGGAUCAUGUCUGCACAGUCCUCCAAGUCCAGGGGAAGUCUUUAUGCUGAAGCGCUGUGGGAACAGCGUGGUUGAAGGAGAAGAGGAAUGUGACUGUGGAUCUAUAAAGCAGUGUGAGCAAGAUCCCUGUUGCCUGUUGAACUGCGCUCUGAGGCCUGCUGCUUGUGCUUUUGGGCUUUGUUGCCAAGACUGCAAGUGCAUGCCAUCAGGGGAACUCUGUAGACAUCAGGUCAACGAAUGCGACCUUCCAGAGUGGUGUAAUGGGACAUCCCAUCAGUGCCCAGAAGAUGGAUAUGUGCAGGAUGGGAUUCCUUGUAGUGACAGUGCUUACUGUUAUCAAAAGAGAUGUAACAACCAUGAUGAGCAGUGCAGGGAGAUUUUUGGUGAAGGUGCACAGAGUGCAUCUCAGAAUUGCUAUAAAGAAAUCAACUCGCAGGGAAGCCAUUUUGGCCACUGUGGUGUAAAUGGCACGACAUACCUAAAAUGUAAUACCUCAGAUAUCUUUUGUGGGAGAGUUCAAUGUGAGAAUGUGGGAGAUAUUCCCCACCUGAGAGAUCACUCUGCUUUGCGGCACAGUCACAUCAAUGGUGUCACCUGCUGGAGUAUUGGCUACCAUUCAGGGAUGGACAUGCCAGAUGUUGGUGAAGUGAAAGAUGGCACCAUGUGUGGUCCAGGAAAGAUCUGCAUACGCAAGAAGUGUGUCAGUCUGUCUCUCCUGUCACAAGUCUGCCUGCCUGAGACCUGCAACAUGAAAGGGAUCUGCAAUAAUAAACAUCACUGCCAUUGCACCUAUGGGUGGUCCCCACCCUACUGCCUGCACAGAGGCUAUGGAAGUAGUGUUGACAGUGGCCCAGCAUCUGUCAGAAGAGGAGUUUUCUUGCCACUCAUUGUGAUUCUUAGUUUGUCUGUUUUUCUUUUACUGUUGACUGCUUUAUUUAUGCACCAUAGAAAACACUUUGGUCCCAAGGAGACUAAGGCUCACUCUUCAGGAUAA